AUGAAGAAGAAGAAAUUCAAGUUUGACGACCUCGAUAUCGAAGACUACUUUAACAAUGCCGAUCCGUACGAGACGCCAAAAGCAGCGAAAUCUCGCGUCUCUUAUGCUGGAAGAGAUCUCAUCUCAGUGUUAUGCCAGCACGUUGAACUGGCUGUUGAGCUGGGCAAACAUCUCAACGACAGAGACGUGCUGAACCUCUGUCUCGCGAACCGUCCCUUUUACUGCACCGUCAGUGGCUAUCUCCUUUCCAGCAUUCGAACAUGGAUCGAAUACAGAGCCCCAGAGGCAGGGCGCAUUUUUCACUACCAGCUCUACGCAAGGCAUCUCGUGGAUGAUCCGCAGAGAAGGACGUGGAUGGCUCUGAAGCAAGGCAUGAACACGUCGCCGAAUAAGGACAGCAAAAUUCGCAAAGUACCUGGUUUGAAGUAUCUACAGCUGGUAUUGGGACGGGACAAGUACUGCAGGGAGAUUCUCGCCAUCAUGGCUCGAUGUGGCCACCGCAUGCCGACGACGAUGCAUCACUCACUUCUACGGCUCUGGCUUCUCAUGGACAUUGCCACUUCUCACCAGAGACAGUCCAUGCUGCGAAUGACACAUCUAUUCAAAGACGUUGACCUCUAUAACAUACAAAUGUUCAUCAUCAAGCUCGGCAUGCUGUUCAACGAUCCUGUCUACGGCCCUUGCAAAUAUGAUCUGGUACAGCUUAUGCUGGGCCAGAAAGGUCUCUAUAAACUAUGGCAGCUUCUUACCCGCAAGAAAUUCAAUAAGCUUUCCGAAAUAAUUGAGCUCAAGCUGCGCUACGACUUUAAUUUUUUCAGUGAAGGCGGCUAUUGGUUAGAAAACAUGCUGGGCCAGAUCCAGGGCAUCCCCUUUCGGGAAAUUGGCCAGCAGCACAAGGAGGGCUGGGGAGCAGGCCGAGCACAUCUUCUUCGGCCGGACGAGGUUAUUCCCAUAGAAGCUGUUCGUAGGGGGCUUUGCCUAGACGAACACUUGAGCCAAAUGAUGAUUUGGGGAUACUUUGAUUGGAAGACGGGAGAGAAUAUCGUUCCCUCCAUGGAAGAGAUGUAUAUUGAGGAUGAGGAUGAUGUCCUCGCCAACGUUGAUACGCUUGAACACUGGAAGCCAAGACACAUUUUGAAGAAGCAGUGGUACAAGCUGACCCCUGAGCAGCAGGAUGAGAUCCUCUCUGAUGAAGAGGAUGAACGGCUGCGGGCUCAAGCCUGGUGCGGUAACUCGGACGACGACGCUGGCAGUUUGGACGGCGUCUCUGAUUCUGAUUCUGACAAAUCCCUUGAUCUCGACGAGGAAAUCAACCGCGGUUACAUUGUACGCCCUCAGGCCAAGGAUCACGAGUCCACAGUGCCCGAUGUCAAUAACAUGCAGGGCUGGAUAGACUUUGUCAAUCAAUCCAUAUUAGGUGGCAUACCCGUAGAUCUCGGAGAAGAGGAGAAGAUUAGGGCUCAAGCCUGGAGCUCUUAUCCUGACCACGAUCCAGGAGAGGACUGGGAUUGGGAUGAUUUGAUCAGAGAGAGGCGAAAUCGACGCUCGCAUCAGCAAGAGCCUGGUUCAGGAUCUGAUUCACAGGGUGAAGGAGACUCGGACGAUGAAAUGGAGGAUUACGAUGAUGAUGAGGAGGAAGAUGGAGAAGGCAGCUAUGUUUAUAAUGAUGAUAUGGAAGACGGCAACGGUGAUGAAGAGGAUGAUGCUGAUGACAAUAAUCUGGCAGUAUAG